AUGCAGAACGUCCCGGUCGGCAAUUCGAGUCCCAGCGGGAAUGCUCGUUAUGUCAGCCAUACUACUACUACCGUACCGGCCACUCAAGAAAUUCAACCUGCAACAACCCUAGUUGGCCAACAACCAGGCAACAAUGCGCACUUCAGCUCAGUACUAGUAGAAGACCCAGCAGCGGCAUUCCCGUUUCACAUCGACCCAGUCAACCAAAAUCUCCCUGGCUAUCCGACCGCUAUGGCCCCGCCCCCUGCCAUUAACAACUUCGACCCCAGUCAGCUUGCUCUUCGGUUGGAUGCGUACCAGCCACGAGUGGAGAUUCCAGAACAAUUCUUCGUGAACCACCAACCCAUGGCUCCCUUGCCGGAAGCUCCUGCGGGCCUACCCGCGCUGGCCCAUAGCACACACGGAGGUCUCAGGCAACAACCUCCGAACCCCGAGAUGCUCCCCUUCUCUGCAAAUGGGAAGGCUGUACGCAUACACGAACCUUUAGCCGGAAAGAAGAGUUGUUCCGACAUGUCAAAAACAUCCAUAUCGCUCCUCGGUCUUACCCUUGCGAAGUUUGCGGUCGGCGAUUCAACCAAGCGUACAAUAGAACAGCCCAUAUGCGCAGUUGGCAUUGGGUGGAAUGGCCUUCGGGAGUGUAUCGUGCGUGAAGCUGAAGGGUUGGCUCGUACCUGAUGUUCUUCUUUCUUUUCGGGAUUCUUUUGUACUGUGUCCAUUUUUUGUUUUUUAUCUUUUUCCUUUUCCAGAUCUCUUUUGAUCUCUUAAUUACCUUUCGGGACUAGAGCAUUUUAGAUCAUGUAUAAAUAAUAAGGAGCACCGUUCCUAGUACUGCGCCAGCUGUG